UAACAAAUUAGAGCUUCCGUAUGCUCCCAGGUUAUAUUCUUAAUCUGGGAAACAUCGAACAACAACGGCAUCUCCGCCGCAUCGGAGUUCUUCCUCCCCCACAAACCACCAUUUUCUCCCUCUAAUUUAACCUAAUUAUUAAUAUUAUUAUUAUUAUUAUAAUCACAAUUCAUCGCUAUCACCACUUAUUGAGGCGCAUAUAUCCCCAAAUUUAUAUUAUUAUAUAAUAAUUCCAAAGAAGGAAGGAGCAAAAGGUAUUGUGAAUUCUAGGGUUUCAAUGGCUCAAAAUGGAGAGGGGAUGAACCCUGCUUUACUCGAUGAUAUCAUCAACCGGUUGUUGGAGUUUCGUCAAGCGAGAACCGCUCGCCAGGUUCAGCUCUCGGAGGCUGAGAUCCGGUUGCUUUGUACCACUUCUCGUGAAAUCUUUCUCCAACAGCCCAAUCUUUUGGAGCUCGAAGCUCCGAUUAAGAUCUGUGGCGACAUUCAUGGACAAUACGGGGAUCUGUUAAGGUUAUUUGAAUACGGAGGAUUUCCUCCCGAAUCAAAUUAUCUAUUCCUGGGUGAUUACGUGGACCGUGGCAAGCAAAGUCUGGAAACCAUAUGUCUUUUACUCGCCUACAAAAUCAAAUACCCCGAAAACUUCUUCCUUCUAAGAGGAAACCAUGAAUGUGCUUCAAUCAACAGGAUAUACGGAUUCUAUGAUGAAUGUAAACGCCGUUUCAAUGUUCGACUUUGGAAAACGUUUACCGAGUGUUUCAACUGUCUUCCUGUGGCUGCUCUUAUAGAUGACAAAAUACUAUGUAUGCAUGGUGGUCUUUCUCCUGAUCUAACGAACCUAGAUCAGAUAAGAAACUUGACCCGCCCGACGGAUGUUCCGGAUUCUGGUUUGCUUUGUGAUUUACUUUGGUCGGAUCCUAGUAGGGAUGUUAAGGGGUGGGGGAUGAAUGAUAGGGGCGUGUCCUACACUUUUGGUGCUGAUAAGGUGGCUGAGUUCUUAAUGCAGCAUGAUAUGGACCUUGUUUGUCGUGCUCAUCAGGUUGUUGAAGAUGGAUACGAGUUCUUUGCUGAUAGACAGCUUGUUACUAUAUUCUCAGCCCCAAAUUACUGCGGUGAAUUUGAUAACGCUGGUACGAUGAUGAGUGUUGAUGAAAGCUUAAUGUGUUCUUUUCAAAUCUUGAAGCCAGCUGAUAGAAAACCUAGAUUUUUGUGAUGCUAUCAAGACAUGAUUUAAUGUGGGGACCCUUCGAUUUUUAGAAUCCAUUGGCUAUGAAAGAGGCAGGAGAACAUCCAUAAAGAUUGGAUAUCAAUUAAGAAGAUUUGUAUUUUGGUAUUUUAAAGGCUGCCUUGGAGCCUGCUAGUUAAUUCCGUUAUCGUUGUUGGAAAAAAGUCUUUAUUUUAAGAUAUUGGCGUUCGAUUUAUGAUGACAUUGUAAAUACAUUUGGCUUUGUAAAUCGUUUGACGCUGUAAUGUAUUAUUACUGUUGACAUCUCACAAUUGCAUGUGUCGUCGCUCUUAAAUCUUA